AUGCCGUCCGAACAAAAAGACAUCGACUUCGACUCCGUUCUCAACCUUGAAAGCCAGUACUACCACGAAGGGUUUCUCGAAGGACAGUUGGAAGGCGCUAAACAGCAAUUUGUUGAGGGAAAACAGCUCGGAAUCCAAACGGGAUUCCAACGGUUUUUGGUUAUCGGAUAUUACAAGAAACUCGUUGCUCUGUGGAUCACGCAGACAAAACAGAAACUACAACAAGGUGUCACUACCGAUGACUCGGGGAAACCAAGAGAUUACGAGAAAAUACUGAAAAGCCUUACUGAUCUUCAAAUGCUAAUAGAUACACUUUUCGAAAACGGCUUGGCACGCACAACCAACAGCGACAUGGACAUCCAGACGUACGAGAGCGUCUCCAAACGGGUUCGUGCCAAGCUGAGGUCGCUGUUGCCAAUCUUCAACCAAAAUUAUAACGCGAUCGAAGACCUCUCGUUGAAAAUCGGAGGCUCUGUUCAGACAGAGCAGCAGGACGAAUGGUGA